AUGCGCAACCAACAUGCCGAAGACCCACUCAAAGAGAUAGCCGCAAUGCAACUCAUCGGAAAUAACCAUCCUAACGUUCUUGGCUGUAUUGAGGUUUUGUUUGACGGUCAGAAUCUUAACAUCGUCUUGCCAUACUGCGAUCGCGGUGAUCUUUUCCAGCUUCUACAGGAAAGUCAACAUACAGCAACACCAGACUGUCCAGGUAUGUCUGAGGGUCAAGCUCGCUACUGGUUUCGACAAGUUAUGGCUGGAGUCAAACACAUUCACGAAAGUGGCGUUUGCCACCGUGAUUUGUCGCCGGAAAACGUGAUGAUUGACGACAAACGUAGUAUCAUCAUUGACAUGGGUAUGUGCCUGCGAAAGGGAAGCAAUAAGCGCCUUUUCAAACCGCAAGGGGCCUGUGGGAAACUGCCUUACAUGAGCCCCGAGAUUUAUCGCAAUCGCGACCCUUUUGACGGCGCUGCUGCUGAUGUUUGGACGGCUGGUACAAUUCUAUUUUGCAUGGUAACGGGGAAUCGCUCGUACCAGCGACCGCACCGAUCCGAUCCGCAAUUCUACUGGAUGUCUCGAGGCUUGUCGCAACUUUUAAAGGACUGGCAGGUCAGUCUGUCUAUGGAAGGAUUGCAUCUGUUGCAAAACAUGCUCCAAGUCGAUCCAAGGCUGCGACUGACUAUUGAUGAAGUAGUACACCAUCCGUGGUUUACGUACCCUGAUGACACUUUGCUUCCACGUUGA